AAUCCAAAACUCUAAACUUAUCUGCGCCUACAAAACUUAAGCCCACCUCAAACCAGUCCACCUUUUAAGCAAAAUCAUUUUUCAAAACCGAAAUCUCUCUCACUUUUUCAUCAGUCACACUUGGAAAGAGAUCGAUCUUCACAGAAGGGUGCGUCUCAGCUCUUCUUUCAUCUACAUAUAUAAGGCUGCAGUCAUGGUGCUAGAAAAUGGUAAGAGGAAGAAUCCAAACAUUUUGGUGACUGGAACACCCGGGACUGGAAAGACAACCAUGUGCACUACUCUAGCAGAAGUCACCCAACUCUGCCACAUCAAUAUUGGAGAAUUAGUCAAAGAAAAGAACUUGCAUGAUGGCUGGGAUGAUGAGCUUGAGUGUUACAUUCUUAAUGAAGACUUGGUCUGUGAUGAACUUGAGGAUGUUAUGGAAGAGGGCGGAAACAUUGUGGAUUACCAUAGCUGUGAUUUCUUUCCUGAGCGAUGGUUUGAUUGUGUAGUUGUACUUCAAACUGAUAACACCAUUUUGUUUGACCGUUUGAGUAGGAGGGGGUACAAAGAUUCAAAGCUUUCAAACAACAUUGAAUGUGAAAUCUUUCAAGUUUUGCUUGAGGAGGCUAAAGAAAGUUACUCGGAGGAAAAAGUGAUUGCAUUGAAGAGUGAUAAUAUCGAUGACAUUAGUAGAAAUGUUGCAACUCUGACAGAUUGGGUCAGAAAUUGGUUAUUACCCUCACAAUCUUAACAAAAUUAUGGGAGUAGUUUGUAUAAUACCUUUUUGCAUGAGUGUGGUGAAAUGUCAUGGUGAACUGCUACCUGUAGCAGAUCUGCAGUGUGGCCGAAUUCUCUUACAAAUUUUGGUGUGGCGUGUAUCCAAGGCAUUUAAGUUAUGGGUUUUUUUAAAUUUGAUAAUUGAAAGGAUAAUUUUGCAGAGUUUUGUGAUCUUGGGUUUAAAUUAGUGCGCCGAAGUUGGAUUAAAUAGAUGCGAUAGCCCGCCCCCUUAGCCCAACAGGCCUGUCCAUUGAGCUAGCAGGUCUGCAUCUCUAAGCUUUUCAUCUUACACUUCCAAUUUUCUAAAAUAUUAUUUAUUAAUUUUAUUUUAUGUUUGUUGAGAAUUUCUGUGGUAAGCAUUGACUACACCUCAUUUUCUCCUAUCACGAAACAUGUACCCUCAUUUCUCAUUUAUUAAGAAACUCUACAUCCCAUUUUUUUUAUCAGGAAACAUGCAUCCCAUUUCUCAUCUAUUAAAAAAAUCUACAUCUUAUUAUUGUAUCCUAUUUGAAUUGCACACUUGAUAAUCUCUUCUUUUCCUUCAUAUUUCAUUUAUUUUGGUUGAGUAUUUUCCUCUCUAUUCCAUAUCAAUUGUUGUUCUUUCGAGUGAGUGUUGUCCUUCUGAGUGAGUGUUCCAGGACAGCUUGGAUUGGUGCUUCGAGCAGGCUUGGGGUGUUUUCUGGUGGUGUUGUUGCUGGUUGCAUUGGUCGUGGGAGAUUGCUGGUUGGGGUGCUUCCUGGUGGUGUUGUUGCUUGUUGCAUUAGUGAUGGGAGAUUGCUAGUGGGAGGUUAAGAGUUUUUUUUUUUUUUAAUAUGUUUCAGGUGCAUGAGAUAUAAAAGAGAUCAAACAAGAAUUAGAUGUUGCGAUUUUUGGAUUUUCAUAGCUGAUUCAUGUUUGAACUCCUUCCAAAUGUUUGAUUAUAUUCCUUUUUUAAUUAUUGUUGUAUUAAUUUAUAAUUAUUUUUAAAUUUAUGUA